AUGACAUUGAUCGUUGCUCCAAAUUUGUUCACAACAAUUUCAGCCUCGUCAAUAUCUCAAACUAUAACACCAUCUCGGAGAAGCUUGCUUCAGUUGGAAAAUGUGUCCCAAACAUUGUUCGAAGAUGAUCGAACAGUGAGGGUUGAUCCUCUUGACAAUCUCAAGAAAUACAGAGGGGGUUAUGACAUCAGCAAUAAACAUUAUUGGAGUUCUCUGGUAUUCACAGGGAUCUAUGGAUAUGCAAUUGGGGUUGCAUGGCUUCUGUGUGGAGCGAUGUAUGGAAGCUUCCUCUUGGCUUCACGUUUGUUUUUCCGUAGAGCUAAUGACGAGAAGCCGAAGAGAGUGACGCCUCCUUGUAUCGGCCAAUGCUAUCAGCUCCAGCCUCUCCUCCUCUCCAUCUUCCUCACAGUUUCCGCGUUAACUGCAUCUGGAGUAUUUUUCGGGGGAAAUGCAAGAUUUCAUUCCAAGGCCAAGAGAGUGGUGGAAAUCAUCAUCGAUACGGCAGAUGACGCUUCGGAGACGAUAUAUAACACGACCGGGGCUAUAACAAGGCUUAGCUCUAACACAGGAAUCUCAUCGUCACUCGACAACCGAAUCGGCAACGAUCAGGCUUCUGUUUUCCUCGCUUCCACGUCGCAGAGACUCGACGAUGAGGCGGCCAAUAUCCAACGACAAGCCAGGAAGAACCGACGCAUCAUCGACAAGGCCCUUAGGAUUGUAUACGCCGUGACAACCGUGAUCGUUUCCUUGAGUGUGAUUGCUCUUGUUUCCCUCUUAGUUUGUGGAGUUCUUCGGUUCAAACGAGGGCUUAACAUGCUGAUUAUACUCACUUGGCUUUUGAUUGCUCUGUGUUGGUCGUUCUUCGGGGUGUAUUUCUUCCUGGAAAAAUUCUCCGGCGAUACCUGCGCUGCUUUUAGUAGUUUCCAAAAGAACCCUCAAAACAAUAGCUUGAGCUCUAUCCUUCCAUGCGAUGAACUACUGUCGGCCAAACCCAUCUUGUCGGAUGUUAGUUCGGGAAUCUACAACCUCGUUACCGAGGUGAAUGCAAACAUAUCGACCUUGAAGGCAACAACGCUCCCCGGCCUUGCUUUCGUGUGCAACCCUUUCUCGGGGCCUCCGGAUUUUCAAUACCAACCGGAGAACUGCCCCACUGAUACCAUCAAGAUAGGCGACAUUCCUCAGAUAUUGAGAGUGUUCACCUGUUCAGACGGAACAAACACAACCUGUAAGGACGGAGAAUUCAUAUCGUACGAGGAUUUCAGAAGAGUCGAAGCCUACACGUCUUCAGUCCAGGAGAUACUGAACGCGUAUCCGGGCAUGCAGAACCUCGUCGAAUGCGAGUCCGUGAAGGACGCGUUCACGGAAAUCCUCGCAAACCACUGCAAACCCUUGAAGAGAUAUGCCCGGAUGGCGUGGAUCUCGGUUUUGUGCAUGUCGAUACUCAUGAUCCCGUUGAUCUUGUUGUGGACGUUCAAAGCUCGACACGAGAGCGAGUUCCAUACCUCCGACGCAGCUUCAGUACGGCCACAUCAUGUCGGGAAUUCGGAUCCAGAAUCUUCAGAAGAUGCCGCGAUCGGUGAUCGGGAUUCAUCUAUCUGAACCACAUAAAGUAGAAGAACGCAAUCUACUCUUCGGAUGAGUACCAAAGAAGAAACGCGUAAGCGAUCUCCCGGAAACUCGGAACUAGAAGAGUAUUUAUACACCAUUUUUGUACAGAUGAAAAUCGAUGGUCGGGUGUUAUAGUGUCCACUCCAAAUUUUUUUUAUUUGCAAAAGAGAAAUUAUAGGUCGA